AUGAAAAGAAUCACUCCCCUCCGGCGAGCAGUCCAAACCAUCGUCCAACCCGCCACCACACAUCCUUUCCCUCCGCGUACAACGUGCCACCUUCAAUCCGAGAAGCCCACUGACCAAAUCCUGCUUGAGAGGUGUAUUCUGAACCCAGAGCACUCAGAGACCUGUCAGUCUGGCACAGACGAGGAGGUCGGCCGCCACAACUCGCCCUACGAUCCGAAGCAAACAAGACCCGAACAGGAGCAUCUCGCCCUAGAGGAAGAGUACAGACUGGAGGGAGACACGCUCCAUGACCCCCUCUACAUUAGUCCAGCCAACAGGGAUUUCAGCCUGAUCCUCGAUCCGAUGGCUGGUCCACAUGUUUUGAAGCACCUGAGAAGUGUGAGGGGCUGGACUAAUAAACACAAACAGGUGCUCCUGAAAACUACUCCAUACGAGCUGAGAGAAUACGAAAGUGUUUUCGCAAAAUUGAGGAAACCGGGCGAAAAGAACCAGGAGUUCGCAAGAAGAUUUUCUGCACCUCAUACAUGGCCCUACUAUUGA